AUGCUGAUCAAAACCUUAUUACAGUUCGCCUUACUACUCAAGCUCGAGGUAUCGGCACAUUCUUUCAUCUUUGCCAUCGAUGGUGCUAAUGGUAUCCGAUCUCCUGCGUUCGGCUCUCGUUUUACUCUACGUGGUUCAUUACAUCAAAACACUGGUAUCAUCAAAGACGAAGAAAUCUCAUCACGUCAGGUUGGUCCAUGUGGAAAGAUCUUUGGUUCAGAGCAUAUGCCUCCUUUUAACAUUGAUCUUGAUCAUGAACUUAACUUAGCUGAAGUAAGUGGGAUCCCUUCCGCUUCUGAUGACGGUGAAUUGGUAAUGUCUAUGUAUGUUCAUAAUCGUGAUGGUGCUGGACCAUUCAAAUGUGAAUAUUCACCAGAUGCCAGUCUUAAAUCAUUUGAGCCUAUGAAUAUCACACAACAAGUUGAAGGUGUUAGAGGGAUCAAUGAAGCUGCCAAAACUUAUGUGUAUCCUCUCAGAGCUGCAUUCUUCUCUAAUUCUACUUGCACAGGUGGAAAGAGUGGUGAUGUAUGCGUGAUGCGUUGUAGGAACGAGAUAGGAUUUGGUUCGUGUGCAGCUGUUAAGUUAAGUCCUUCUAGUCACUUGGUGCCCGCUCCCUUGAACUUCUCAUCUUCCACAGCCGAUCCAAACAAUGACACCAUGUCUGGUCUCAAUGCUACCAAUGCCAACAGCACUUCUGAACUAAACACUACCACCGCCUCUGACCUCAACAAUAUUACCCGAUCUGAUCUCAACGAUACUCUUAACUCCUCGUCAAAUAUGACUCAAGACGGAAUGAAUUCGAGCCAAACUCUAGAGACUAACUCCUCUGAUUUCAAUUUUUUGAAUGAAUCUCUUCCAUUUGGAAACCUACUUGUUCAGAAUAGCACGGACCAACCUAUUGAACCGAAAAAAGUAGAACUGCAAAAUCAAGAUCAAUUACUGACAGCAAUGGAAGCCAUCAAUCAAAAACUAAAGGAUAUUGAAGAAGGAUUAAAUGUAAGUCAAAUCAUGAAGACGACUUCGACAAAUUCAACACUUCCAAAUGAAUCUCUCCCAGAAACUUUAACUGUUAAUAAUCAAACAGAAACACCUACUGAACCGAUUGAAGUACAAAAAGUUGAAUUACAAAAUCCAGAUCAAUUAUUAACGGCUAUGGAAGCAAUUAAUAAAAAAGAACAAAAACCUCAAGAAGAAAAAGAAAUCAAAAGAACUUUUUUGAGGAAAAGAUCAUUGCCUAGACUUCUCAGACAGAGGAAAAGCGGUUUGGAUUAUUAA